AUGAAUAUUGUAUUACUUCUAUUUAUUACUCUUUCUUUAUCAAAACAGUGUAGUGAAUAUACUGAAUUGAUUGAACUAGAUACUGUUGAUAGUGCAUUUGAAUGUAUUGAAUCCAUUCAAACAACAGAGGAUGAAAAUACUGAGAUUAUUGAUGGAUUGAAAUAUUAUUUAAAUGCAUAUGUAUUUAAAGACAUAUUAAAAAAUCCACCACAACCAUCAUUUUCAAAUAAUUAUUAUGAGAAAGUGGAUAUUGAUUCAGAAUUAGAUAAAAUAAAUACAAAAACAACAAGUCUGUAUGAGUUUUACUCAGAAAUAAACAAUCUUAUUAUUUCAACAAGAGAUUCUCAUUUAGGGUUUAAUAUAGAUGAUACUCUUAAAAAACCAAAUUCAGAACUUGUUUAUUUUUUAUUUCCUUCCAUUUACAAUAAAUAUUGA